AUGGAUGCGAGGAGGGAAUCAAAGAAAGAGGCAAAAAAGAGUUUGAAGAAUAUGCUUUCGCUGCGAAAGAAGGAUGGGGGAGGAGAGGCUCAUGUACGUGACGCGCCCGCAUCGUUUCACCAUCCCGAUAACCAUGAUCCGACCACUGCAACGAGUUACAGUGCCCGUAUUUCGCAGGACAACAGCUUAGAGCAUCUAUCGGCUGAAGAAAUUGAUGAACUUUUUGAGUCAAUGCUUGAAGAUAUGAAUUUGACAGGGGAGAAGCGUGCUCCCCUUCUGAUGAAACCACUCGAUUUCAAACGAAAGAUGUUGGCCUCCUCAAAGUACGGCGCAGCCAAAACCGUUGGCAGUCCAUCACAGUACUGCAGGGAUUUGAGCAAUCCUCAGCUCAGCAAUGAAAAGGAGAUAUCAAAAACUCUUGAGUCUCUCCGAAUCGCCCUCUUAAAUGGUCGUGUUAGUUGGGUGAAGGAAUUCAAUGACAAGGAAAAUGACGGACUUAAUAUACUACUGCAAUUUCUUGCACCGUCUCAAAAUACAACGAUUACUUAUCAGAGUCUGAGGUGUAUUCGAGCCCUGGGAAAUUGCGGUUAUGGUUUGUAUGCCUUGGUUGAUCACGAGACGGCAUCGACUUUUAUAGCGCGGUGUUUGAAUGUGCAUGAUAUUCCCCUAAUGGAAUGUGCCCUAGAGUUGCUUUCCACCAUGGCACUGUGUAGUCUAAAAGGCCACCAGAAGGUCAUGGAAGGAUUGACUUUUAGUGCAGAGUUUACAACCAACCAUCCGCCUCGUUUUGCUCCCCUAAUCAAAGGGUUGGCCGUUCCGGAGCUCGCUUGUGCCUGUCUUCAGUUGAUCAAUGUCAUUGCCUCGGCACGUUUAUUGUCGGACGAGACGAUCGAACUCGACUACCGUAUUCACCUCCGACUUGAACUCAAUAAACUCGGACUAGCACAAAAGCUGUGUGAAUUGGAAAAGUCAACCGACCCCAAUGUGUCCAAUCAUGUCGGUAUAUACCGACGUUUCGCAAGUGCAGAUUCCGAUGAAUUAUUCGAACGUUUCGAAGUGGCAAAAGCUGACUUAACCGAUCAACAACAAGUAUACCAGCUACUUCAGCGUUCAUUAGCUAACACAUCUUCUGAAAAGUCGUUUUUAUCUAUUCUGCAGCAUUUUCUUUUAGUUCCACAAGAGCCCUAUCGGGAACACUAUUACAAUCUAAUUAAUGAACUAGUAAGUCAAGUGGUUUUGCAAACCGAUGGUGUGGAUAUCGAUCCAGCUUCAGGUCUGCUUCGACUGGACGUCGAGGGUACGGUAAACGCAUUACUGGAUGCCUGUAAGCAGUCGAAUAGUGAUGACAGUGCAAAGGUCCAGGAACUACAGAAAAAGCUUGAUCAGACCUUGCAAGAAAAGCAAAAAGCCCAAGAGGCUCUUGAAAACCUACAGUCCGAAAUGAAGGGUUUCGGAGAGGGUACGAACGGGGAAACGGCGGCAACGGUCCCAGUGGCUCCCCAGCCGCCUCCUGCAGCAGGACCACCCCCUCCUCCCCCACCCCCACCCCCUCCUCCCCCUCCGCCCCCAGUUGGCGUGCCUCCACCUCCUCCGCCCCCAUUUGGUGUGCCUCCACCUCCGCCUGCUAUGGGCAUUCCUCGGCCUCCUGGGGCACCGCCAGUCGCCCCUUCAUUUGCCCCACCUCCUCUCCCCUAUGGCAUGAGGGCGAAGCCCGUCUACACACCGAAACUACCCAUGAAGAAGGCGAAUUGGGACAAAGUUAAUGAAAAGGAUUUAGCCGAGGAUUCCGUUUGGGUCAAGAUGCAGGAGAACGAACUAGCCUCUGACGAGCUAUUUCAGUCGCUUACGGAAAAUUUUAACACAAAACCACCCAAAAAGGUUGUGGCAAAUGGUGAUGGCAAUGUAGGCGCGGCAGAGGAAGAUGGAGGAACUAAGGGCUACAGUGCGUCCGCAAUAACACGAAAAGCUAAACAGAUAAGGUGUCUGGACGGUAAAUCGGCACAGUCCUUGUCAAUACUUCUUGGAUCACUUAAGGUUCCUUACGAUGAGCUACGAAGGCGCAUUAUGGAGGUGGAUGAAGCCCUUCUUACCCCUAAUAUUGUGGAACAACUUUUAAAAGCUUUACCAGAACCCGAGGUCAUAAGUCAAGUUGUCGAAAUGGUGGAUGAUUACAACGAACUCGCUGAACCCGAGCAAUUUUGUUGCAAGGUGGGGACCAUUAAGAAACUCAUUCCACGACUAAAGUCUAUACUCUUCAAACUCCGUUUCCAGGAGAAAGUUGAUGAAAUCAAGCCUGAUAUUGUGGCGGUGAUUGAAGCCCUCACAGAACUAAAGCAAAGCAAGCAUCUUGUACGAGUGAUUGAGAUGGUUCUUUUGUUCGGUAAUUACCUUAAUGCUGGAUCACGCAACGCCCAAUCACUUGGAUUUCAUCUUUCCUUCCUGCCAAAGUUGACCGACACUAAAGAUGUACUCGGCAAGUCGACGCUUCUUCAUUUUCUCAUUCGGGCACUUGAGAAAACUUUUCCUGAUACAGUCGUAGGUCUUUGUGAUGAUCUAACUUACGUUGAACGCGCAUCGCACUUCUCCGAAGAUGCAGCCAAUGCGGUACUCCUAGAAAUGAAACGCUCGGCAACUGCUUUGGAGACCGACCUACGGACGUACACGAGCCAAGAACCGAACGAUGCUUUUCCUACGGCGAUGAAGAACUUCUUGUCGGAAGCCAAAAAGCAAAUUGAAGAGCUUGAAAAAAUGUUUAAGCGAAUGCAGGAACGUUUCAAGGAGGUUGCAACGUACUUUGCUUUCGAUCCAGCCAAGUACAGCAUGGAAAGCAUGUUCUCGGACCUACAGAAAUUCGUUGCAGCCUUCAAGCAAGCAACAGCACAGAUUCACCAACAACGUGAAUUUGAAGAAAAGCAAAAACGCAUAAUGGAGGAAAGGCAGAAAUUGGAGGAGGAGAAGGCUCGUAUGCGUGCAGCUGGAAUGGGUAGUGGUGUUUCACGCAAACCCACAGAAGAGGACGGUAACGUCAUUGACACCCUUAUGGAAUCACUCAAAAGCGGGGCGGCGUUUGGACCAGGGGGUGCCGGUGGUGGUGCGCGACGUGGUCGAAAUCGCCCUCCCCCGCCCGGGGCGAACAUGCAUCCUGCUGCUGUAGCCCUUCGUCAGAAUUUGAUUCGUCAGCGCUCAAGGAGGUUCGCUCCUCCCGUCGAUAUUUAA